AUUUGACUUAAAUUGAAUAAAGCCGAUGGAUUACAUUAUGCACUGGAAUCUCCUGGUCUCAGUCUGACAGCACGCAGCUCAGAAAGCUGGGGGCCCUGGUGAAGACAUCUGAUUCAUAAUGUCUGAACGCUAUGACUGCACUGAGUGUCAGGAGUCCCUGUACGGGCAAAAGUAUGUACUGAAGGAAGAACAGCCACACUGCAUCACGUGCUAUGAGGCACUGUACUCCAACAGCUGUGAAGUGUGUAAGAAGCUCAUCAGCUGCACCAGCAAGGAUCUUUCGUACAAAAGCCGUCACUGGCACAGUGACUGCUUUCUCUGCAAUAAGUGCACCAGAUCACUGGUUGACCGACCUUUUGCCACCAAAGGUGAUCUGCUGAUGUGCACCGACUGCUACUGCCAUGAGUACUCUGCCAAGUGCCAUGCAUGCCUGAAGACCAUAAUGCCAGGCACCAAGAAGAUGGAGCACAAAGGCAACAGUUGGCAUGAGAACUGCUUUAUUUGCAACCAUUGUCAGCAAACCAUUGGCACCAAAAGCUUUGUCAAGAAGGAUAACAAUAACUACUGCAUGUCCUGCUAUGAGAGACUGUUUGCCCUGCAGUGCAUUCACUGCAAGAAGCCCAUCACCACUGGAGGGAUCAGCUACCACGACAAGCCCUGGCACAAAGAGUGCUUCGUUUGUACUGGUUGCAAGCUACAGCUGGCUGGACAGCGCUUCACUUCUCGGGAUGACUUCGCCUACUGCCUUGAAUGCUUUUGCAGCCUAUUUGCAAAGAAAUGCAUCUCAUGCAACAAACCAAUCAGUGGUCUGGGGGGCAGCAAGUACAUCUCAUUUGAGGAGCGCCAAUGGCACAACAACUGCUUCAACUGCAAAAAGUGUGGAGCGUCUUUGGUUGGACGAGGGUUUCUGACAUCCAAAGAAGACAUCUACUGCCCCGACUGUGGCAAAGACCUCUGAGUUUUUGGCAAAGAGAAGAAACUGCAUGUGCUACAUAAUUGAUCCCACUCCAUGACCUGCAUGCCAUAAUAUCCUAUUCAAUAUUGACUGAUAUAAAUAAAUAGUUGGCUUAACACAAAUAUAUUUUCUGGGAGCCAAGCUUGAUGUUUUGAUGCAAGGUACAAGAUUUCUAUUAAUCAGUAGUUUGAUCUAAUGCAGUUUGAAUCUAUCUGAUAAAACCCAGCUAAUGUUUGUAAUUAUUAGCUCUUUAUUAAUAUCUAAUGAAAGACUUAGAAGGAAAAUCUUACCUAGUACUGGUUUUUUAAUGUCUCUAACACCACCAAGGCAGUCCAUUGUACUUUACAGGGGGAAAAAGUGUGUACAGACUCGGCUCUAAAGGACCUAUAUCAUGCUUUUCUUAAAGGGCCUAUACCAUGCUGUUCUUAAGCCUUUUAUAGUAAUCUAUAUUCAUGUAAGAUAGUACCUUUAGCACACAAAAGAGGACAUUUUUAUUGAAUAUUAGUAUUAUUAUUAUAUUAAUAUUAUCCAAUUCUUUUCCAACCUGGAAGAAAGACGACUUGAUCUCUGAGGCACCGGCCUUCGCUCCUUGUAGUUUCAUGACGUCAACUUACAGUCGGCCUCGGCAGCAUGUCUACAUUCCACCUAUGAAAACAAACAUCCAAACUUUUGCAAAGAUGGAUGUGCAUGUUUGUGCAUAUAAAAUAAACAUGUUUAGUUGAUAACUACUAGCUCUGCCGAGAAAGUAAGUGCGUGCGUGUUAGCCUGGGGGCAGUGCUGGCAGUGCCGAUUCUUCCUGGUAGGGGCUGUUUCUCGCUUAUCUACUUCACAAUGUAAGAACCCGUUCGUUUUCGUGGAUUGGGAGGGGCUGGUGUUCAGGUUUUUAGAGUUACUCCGAAAUGUGUGAAUGGAUCAUAAUACCACUUUUGGGUUGUUUUUUGUGAGGAAUGAACAUCGUAAUUCACUUAAAAGCUCAAAAAGCUACAUCUUCAUGAUAUAGGCCCUAUAAAUGCACACUAGAUAAUGGUUCGAAAAUUGGCUACUCUCCAACAAGAACGAUUACUUUAAAGACAUUUUUUCCUUUAUGACAUUUUGGAACCUUGUGUGAUCCUUUCCUCAAUGCUUGUAAUAAACAGUAUACAUGUAACAUUGCGGGACCACAUUAAACUUAAUAAAUGUAUGCAAUUUAAAAUUGAACAUUUAUGGAGAUAAAGUCAAAUUUGA